AUGUCUCUCCCCACAAAAAUCGCAAUAAUCGGCGAAGGAGUCGUCGGCUGUUCGACCGCCCUUCAAAUCCUCCAAAACAUUCCCAAUUCUCAAAUCACCAUUCUCUCAGACCGCCCAUUCGCCAAAACUUGCAGUGCCGGACCAGCCGGGCUUUUUCGUAUUGACGAAGUUGAGAAUCGCGAAUAUGGCAGGACCACUUUCAAGUGGUUCGAGAAUUUGUACAAGACGAGAAAAGGGGAUGAGACGGGGGUGAAAUUGUUGAGUGGACAUAUACAAUCGGAUUCGAAGGAGAGAUUGGAGCAACAACAAGCGGCUUAUGGGGAUAUUGUGUAUAAUUUUCGAUUUUUGGAGGAGCGCGAGAUUCAGGGAAUGUUUGUUGAACCAUCAAAGUGAGUUGGAGAAAAUUUGGGCCUUUUUUCUGAUUUUUAAGUGAGGAAGCUUAUGAAUUUUGAAUUCUUCAGAAACAUUUUUCUGAAGAAUAGUUCAAAACACAUUUUGAAAAUCAUUUGUAUUUUGAACAAUUCUUCAGAAAAAUUUUGAAAUUUUUCUGAGAAAACCAAAGUUUUUUCAGCUAAAAAAUUACAGAAUUUUUCCAAAACCCGGGGUUUUCAGCUAGGUAAACGGUGAAAUCAGAAAAAUUCAGAUUCAAAAAAUUCACAAGCCUAAAUUUCCAGAUACUGCAUCCACUACACCGCCUUCGCUUCCGAAGGCAACAAAUACGUGCCAUUCCUCAAAAAAUCGAUUCUCGAGACGGGAAAAGCUGAAUUCAAGCAUCAAGAAGUCGAAUCCCUAGAUCAAGUAAGCCCACAUUUUCUAACGUCUCCAAAACCUUUUUCAGGUCGCCGACUCAAACUACGACAUCAUCGUGAAUUGCGCCGGUUUGAAUGGUGGAAAAUUGGCGGGCGAUGAUGAUACCGUAUACCCGAUACGUGGUGUGGUUUUGGCAGUUGAUGCGCCGUGGCAUAAACAUUUUAUGUAUCGCGAUUUUUCCACGUUUACGAUUCCAAAGUGAGUUAGUUGAUUUAGAUUUUGAAUGGGGACUCGAAUCUAGAUUUCAAACUACAAUUAAAACAGUUCUAAUUAGAAGUAUAAUAAAACCCUAAUUAAAAUCGUAAUUCAGGGAAGACGUCGUAAUUCUCGGCUCUGUCAAACAAGACAAUCGAUGGGACUUGGAAAUCACCGACGAAGAUCGAAAAGAUAUCCUAACUCGAUACAUCAAAUUGCAUCCUGGUAUGAGAGAUCCAAAAAUUGUUUCGGAGUGGAGUGCAUUGAGACCGGGAAGAAAAUCGAUUCGAGUUGAAUUGCAGGAGAAAAGAAGUUCGAGUGGAAAGAAUUAUACGGUGAGAAAUAAGGGCUGAUUCACGAACAAAAAAAUGUUAAAAAAUGUUUUUUUAACAUCGAAAGAUCAAUUCACGAAAAAUCAAAAAAUGUCGAAAAAACAUUGUAGGUCAAAAUUAGUUUUUCGAGUUUUUCAGCCAAAAAUGAUGACAAAUCGAUAUUUUUCAAGCUUCUGGAGUAAUUUCUGAUGAAAAUUGACCGUGGAAUUCACUUUCCAGAAGGUUUUGCUGAUUUUUCGUAAAAUAAAAAAAUUAUAAAUUUUGAUGAAUUUCAAAAAAAAAGCAAAAUAGGGUUCUCGCAGCUUAUUUUCAUCAGAAAUUACUCCAGAAGCUUGAAAAAUAUCGAUUUGUCAUCAUUUUUGGCUGAAAAACUCGAAAAACUAAUUUUGACCUACAAUGUUUUUUUCGACAUUUUUUGACUUUUCGUGAAUUGAUCUUUCAAUGUUAAAAAACAAUUUUUGAGCAUUUUUUCGUUCGUGAAUCAGUCCUAUAGGGAAAAUUGGGAAGAAAAACUAGUUAUGUCAAAAAAAAUUUCACUGUUUCAAAUAAUAUUGAAGCGAAGAACGCCCGAUGACUUUUUAUUGAGCUGAUGUAAAAUUCGAAAAAUCCAGAAAAUUUUAGAAUUCAAAGAUCUGAAAUCCUAAACACCAACAUCUAGAAAACUAAGAGGUCCAGUUCAAUAUUUUGCGAACAUCCUAAAUUCCAGAGGUCCCAGAAAUAAAUCAGAGCUUCAGCGUCAACAAAAUUUAAAUUUCCAAAGUUCCGAAUCUCAAAUAUUUCUAGGUAAUCCACCACUACGGUCACGCAAGCAAUGGUUUCACACUCGGCUGGGGAACUUCAGCAAAAGUUGUCGAGCUCAUCAAAAACGCCAUCAACAAGAGCAAAAUUUAA